UGAAACAAACAGACACACCCCCCAAACCAAUACAACAUCGUCUCUCUCAUUCAACAACCACACUCCCUCUCUCUCCCUCUCGCUUUCCGCAAAGUCACUUCUCCGGCGACAUCUCCGGUCAGGUUCCGGCAACCUCCCGCCAAUUCCACAUGGCUACAUGAUGAAGGGGGAACCACCGGCAGCGCUCCUCAUGUCGGUUUCCUGCAUCUCCGACUACGACCUCCUCUGCGCCGACGAAAGCUCCGGCAUCCUCUCCGGAGAGUCGCCGGAAUGUUCGUCCGAUGUAGACUCCACUUCCCCGCCGCCGUCGCCGCUACCUUCCUCAGAAGACUAUUCAAUCGCUAGUUUCAUCGAACACGAGCGCAACUUUGUCCCCGGAUUCGACUACCUCUCAAGGUACCAAUCUCGCACCCUCGACGCCGACGCCAGAGAGGAAUCCGUUGCAUGGAUUCUCAAGGUACAAGCGUAUUAUGGCUUUCAACCUCUAACGGCGUACCUUGCCGUCAACUAUAUGGAUCGGUUUAUGGAUUCUCGCGAUUUACCGCAAACAAAUGGGUGGCCUCUGCAACUUCUAUCUGUUGCAUGUUUGUCUUUGGCAGCAAAGAUGGAGGAACCUCUGGUUCCAUCUCUCUUGGACCUUCAGAUAGAAGGUGCAAAGUACUUAUUUGAGCCGAGAACAAUUCGUAGGAUGGAGCUACUUGUUCUGGGUGUUUUGGAUUGGAGGCUAAGAUCAGUAACCCCACUUUGUUUUCUCGCUUUCUUUGCGUGCAAAAUAGAUUCAACAGGAGCUUUUACCGGGUUCCUCAUUUCCCGGGCCACAGAAAUCAUCGUGGCUAAUAUCCAAGAGGCUGGCUUUCUUGCUUACAGGCCAUCAUGCAUUGCUGCCGCAGCCAUACUUUCCGCGGCUAAGGAAAUUCCUAAUUGGGCUGUCCUUAAGCCUGAGCAUGCUGAGUCAUGGUGCGAGGGACUAAGAAAAGAAAAAAUUAUUGGGUGCUACCAGUUGAUGCAAGAACUUGUGGUUAACAGUAACCGCAGAAAACUCCCUUUGGUGUUGCCGCAGUUGCGAGUAACAACUCGGACUCGAAUGAGGUCAAGUGUCUCAUCAUUCUCAUCGUCAUCCUCUUCAUCCUCUUUCUCCUUGUCUUGUAAGAGGAGGAAAUUAAAUAACUGUUUGUGGGUAGAUGACAAAAACUCCGAGUGAAGAGAAAAGUUUCACGAAUAAUAAAGAAGAGAAGAAAAAGAUGGAAUAAGGUGGGCCAGGUUGUGUAGAAACCUCAACAUUUUUUAGAGGGUUUUUGCUAUUAAAAAAUGACUUGAGUGAGGGUGUAGAUUAUUAUACUAAGUAUAUCUAUAUCGUAUGUACAAGAGUUUGAUGGGUUUGGAGAAUUUAUAAUUAUUAAUUUUUAUUUUAUGUGGGUGGCUUAUUAAUGAGUAUGCAGAAUUCCCUUGGGGAGAGGGAUUUUGCAUCAUGUGGGAAGUAACGAGAGAAGAGGAAACACUGAAACAGUGGUAGACGAAUUUAAUGUGAUCUGUUGUUGUAACUUGUGAGUGUGGAAGAAAGAAGUGAGUUGCGAGUUGGAAUUCAAAGUUUGCAUUAAUUAUAGGCGAAAGAGAUGACAGAUGAUGGAGUCAAAGCCGCAGACGUUGAGUACUAAAGUAGAGAGCAGGUAUAAAAACUUGGGUGAUUGAAAGUUGAAACUAAGAAGUUUGAUCUGUUCAUCGUGAUGUGGGAUUCAUAAGUCAAGCAAGCUUCAUUUCUUUGCUAGCAUAACUGCUUCUUCAACUUCCGCGUUACUUUGAUGGGUACCCUUGAACAGGGAAAACAAUUUAAGGGCAAUAAGUUGAACUCUGGCUACAAUUUGUAGACUUUUUAUGGCUACGGGCACCUAUGCAGACGGUUCUGCGGCGUGCCAAUCAAGUGUGAACGUGUGAUUUUCUUUUUCUUGGUUUCUUCUUUACGGGAGCAGUUGAUAUUUUUUUUCCUUUUUGGCCUUGAGCUUAGGCCUAACUAUACAGGACUCCAUGGCCUGGUGUCCGCGCGUGUGAUGGAGACACGUGUAUAUAUAGGUUAAACCUUGAAUUUUUUUAUUUGUUUUUCAAGGGAGGAGAACCCUCUUCACGUAGGGGUCUAAAAGGGUCUUUGGGGCCAUUUCCUGUGUGCUGUGUAUUGGAUUGAUUAAUAAAUGACUAUUAAUUUCAUAUAUUCCUUUCAUUUA